AUGGCGACUGUGAACCACAAGAUCUUCCGCACGGCGAACGCGCCCACCGGUGCUCCCAGCGACGCUGAGAAGACUAUCUGCCAGGCCCUUAUUGACCUUGAGACCCACAUUCCGGAGCUCAAGAUGGAGCUGCGCCCGCUCCAGGUGAGCGCCGUGAAGGAGGUCGAGGUCAAGGGUGGUAAGCUCGCCUACGUCGUCUUCGUGCCGAUGCCCCAGCUCAAGGCUUUCCACAAGGUUCAGCAGCGCCUCACCCGUGAGCUCGAGAAGAAGUUCUCGGACCACCACGUUGUGUUCAUUGGCCAGCGCCGCAUCCUGCCGAAGCCCGGCAGCCACAGCCGUGCUAAGCAGCCGCGUCCCCGCAGCCGCACCCUCACCGAGGUCCACAACGCUAUCCUCGAAGACCUUGUGUUCCCCACCGAGAUCACUGCCAAGCGCACUCGCGUGGCCGCUGACGGCAGCAAGCUGGUCCGCUGCGCCCUCGACUCGAAGGACGCUACCAGCCUGGAGUACAAGCUGGAGACCUUCUCGAGCGUCUACCGCAAGCUCACGGGCAAGGACGUGGCCUUCACCAUCUAA